AUGCCUUCUGAUCUUCCACAAACACCACAAAGUCCUUCCAAUACCCCAGGCUCUAUCGAUAUCUCCUCAAAGAACGUAGUUUCUCCACGAAUAAAUACUUCACUUCCGACGCCAGCCCACAGUAUCAACGGCAGCAUGUCGACUGUCAAUUCUGCCACCGAGGCAUCUCAAUCAAUGGAUCCUUCGACCAAGCGCAAGAGAGAUUUUGAAGAUCUUGGUGAUCAAAAGCAGAAGAAAGUUCAUGUCGAGGACAGCAGACCUAGUAUUGACGAUCUCCAUCAGGAUGUCGGUAAAAAGUACCUUCUCUGCAGAACUCUUCAUAAGCAUCAGAAUUUAAACGUACAACAAGAUUUAUACGAUCGAUUCGGUUUGAACGGAAUUGCUGCCAGUCUUGCUCGUGUCACAGCAGAUGGGAAGAAGAACACAGUUCGAAAAACCUACAAAGGAUACAUAAAAUCUUUGGGUAUUGCUGGGCAGUUUGAUGCAGUCAAAGGUCCAGAACCUAAUCAGCCUGGAUCACUCACUUCAUUGAUUGAUCCCUACGGACCUCUUGGGCCCAGGGAAGCAUGGAAUCAAUCUUAUGUACAAGGAAAGGAAAUCGGUAGAGGAAUAGAGGAUCUACUACCUCAACUCAAGACGGCUUUAAUCAUGGCUAAAGGCCCCGUUCCAAAAGAACGUUGGAACCAUUCUGUUCUUGGUGAAAUCAGUUCCCAAGUUGCCAACGAUCCCUUAAAGGCUGUUCCUGCGAAGGCAAAGGCUCCAAUGCCAAUGUCGCAAAGCACGAUGGGUGUGCCUAAGCAAAAUAGAGGGGCGGCAGAUAUCGCACGUCCAAAACGAACCGCCAAGAAGCGCUCAUAUGGUGAUUCAAGUUUUGAAGGCUAUGGCGAGGGUUACGUUGAUGAUGAUGGUGGAUAUUCCACCGGCGAUGGCGAUGACAGAGCCGGUGGUCGAAAGCGACCAAAGAAGGUGGGUAGUGUGCUAUAUCCAACAAAUGUGCAAGCUAACAAAGGAAAGACUCCAACAUCUCACGGUUUCCAAGGACCGAUGCGUCAAAGUUACGGACCUGGAAUGGUUGGUGCUUGA